AUGAUCAACGUGACUCCCGAAGGCAUCAUACUUAUGUUUCUUCUGGCUUUCCACAUUUGGUGUGUCGUCUACUCUUGA